AAACUCAACUCACAUUCACUCAAACAUGAUGAAAACAUCAACUAAAUGGAUGUUUUUACUACUAGCGGUUGUUAUGGCACUAGUGGCCAUAGCUAACGGUCAAGAUAGAAGGGCCAGCAAAGUCUUCCCACCGGAGGAGGAAGAUGAAUACGGUCGUGGUAGCUAUGGAGGCUAUGAUCGUUAUGGUGAUCGUGGUCGUGGUCGUGGUCGUUAUGGUGGUGAAGAUGAACAAGAUAGAAGAGCCAGCAAAGUGUUCCCACCUGAGGAAGAUUACGGUCGUGGCGGAGACCGCGGUUAUGGCGGUGGUGAUGAAGAUAGGAGUGCGCGUAAGGUGUUUCCGCCGGAGGAACAACGAGGACGUGGUGGAGGACGGGGAAGGGAGUUUCCACCGGAGGAAGAAUAUGGUCCAGGUGGUGGUGGUGGUGGAGGAAGGAAGGGGUGGACGGAGAAGAGGAGGUACAUAUUGUCGGACUCGGAACGGGUGGUGGCGACGGAUGCCGGUGGGAUGAGGGUGGUGAGGGGUGUUGGGGGGAGGUUUAGAGAUAGCCCAAUGCAUAUCGGGUUUAUUACUAUGGAACCUGAUAGCAUGUUCAUCCCACAAUAUCUUGAUUCUAGUUUGAUCCUCUUCGUUGAAAGAGGCGAGGCGAGGAUCGGAUCGAUCUACAAAGACAACCUGGUGGAAAAAGAUCUGAAAGCUGGAGAUUUAUACAGAAUCCAAGCAGGUUCAGCAUUCUAUAUAGUCAACAUAGCUCAGGGUCAACGCCUACAUAUCAUCACUAGCAUUGACACAGCCGAAAGCAUCGACUGGAACUCGUUCGAGUCGUUUUCCCUCGGUGGAGGAACAAAUCCGAGGUCGGUGCUUGCUGGAUUCGAUACCCAAACGCUUGCGACCGCAUUCAAUGUAUCAUACGAUGCGAUUGAUGAGUUGCUAUCCAGCCGACAAGAAGGGGCGAUUGUGUUCUUGAACCCUUCUGGCAAGUCAACAGACCGACCGAACAUGUGGAAGCGGUUCUUGGAGCUAGGACCACAUGAAAGGAAAACGAAGAUGAACGGAAUCGUCAACGUGGUACAGAAGACCGACGAGGAAGCAGAAAUGUCGACGUGGUCGUUAAAGAAACUCUUGGUUUCCUUACUCGGAGAGAACAAGGAUGAUGACUUAAAAGCGUAUAAUAUCUAUAGUGAAGAUAAGGCCGAUUUCAGAAACGACUAUGGUUGGAGCGUCGAAGUCGAUGGUGAUGAUUACGAACCACUUAAGUUAUCCGACUUCGCGGUCUAUCUCGUCAAUCUCACCGCGGGAUCAAUGAUGGCACCACACGUUAAUCCAACCGCAACCGAAUACGGUGUCGUAUUGAGCGGAACUGGGAACAUUCAAGUCGUGUUUCCAAACGGAACGUUAGCAAUGGACGCACAAGUGAACGAAGGCGACGUGUUUUGGAUCCCACGUUACUUUCCGUUUUGUCAAGUGGCUUCACGGUCAAGCCCGUUUGUGUUCUUCGGGUUCUCCACAUCCGCACGCUACAACAGGCCACAGUUUCUUGCGGGUCAAGGUUCCGUCCUGCAGACCAUGAUGGGUCCAGGGGUUGCAGCCGCGUUUGGGUUGAGUGAAGAAAAAAUGUUGAAGAUUAUUAACGCUCAAACUCAAUCCACCAUCUUGCCAUCGACUUCAGCAUCGCCAGGCGGCGGAGGUGAGGAGAUCCCGCAGGGUGAGGGUCAGGGCGAUCCGGCUCAGGGUGAUCCAACUCAGGGAAAGGGUCAGGGUAAGGGUAAGGGUAAGGGUAAGGGUCAGGGUGAUCCAGCCAAGGGUAAGCCAGAGUUGUUGAUGGAUUCUAAAAUAAGGAUGAAGAACAGCUUUGAAUAAAUAAAAUAUGUAUUUUGCAUGUUGGCAUGUAGGAGGCUCUGGAUGAGCUUGUUUUUUUGAGUUGUGUGUUUAUGUGUUGAUGACUUUUUGGCAUGGUUUGUUUAUUUGGAGUUUGUUUUUCUUGUAGUAAAUAAUAAUGGUGUGGUCUUAUGUUUUUAGAGGUA